CUUCUUAAACUUAUAUAGUAUACAGAUAUAGAAAAAAUAUUCGACAAGGCCUCAAAGACUCCAGUAUAAACCAAGAUACGCGCGCAGCUCCAAAUCUCUAGUUCGUAAGCCAAGAAAUUUAUAAGAAGAAAGAAAAAUGGAGUAUGUACCCAUUUUGGUUGGACUGUCAUUCGCCUGGAUUUUGGUGCGUGGAUUCAUGUCACUUAGAAGAGCCAAAAGCUGUAAAAGACUUGCACCAGGUCCAUUUCCUUUGCCUAUUAUAGGAAACCUUCAUUUGCUUGGUGACAAACCUCACAAAUCACUUGCUCAACUCGCAAAAGCUCAUGGUCCAAUUAUGAAUCUCAAGUUUGGCCAAAUAAACACAGUGGUCAUUUCCUCAUCAGUCUUGGCUAGAGAAGUCAUGCAAAAACAAGAUUUGACCUUUUCCAAUAGGUGUAUUCCUGACGCUCUCCGUGCCUGCAAUCACUAUGAUUUUUCUGUUAUUUGGUUACCUGUCAAUGACUCUCGCUGGAGAACUCUUCGCAAGAUUAUGAACUCUAACAUCUUCUCAGGUAGUAAGCUUGAUGUUAAUCAGCAUCUCAGAACUAAAAAGAUCCAGGAGCUAGUUGAUCAUUUUCACAAGAGUGCCAAAAAUGGUGGAACAGUGGAUAUUGGCAGAGCAGCUUUUAGAACUUCCCUGAAUUUGCUGUCAAACACCAUUUUCUCUAAAGAUUUGAGUGACCCAUUUUCUGAUUCUGCUAAGGAGUUUAAGGACUUGGUGUGGGGCAUUAUGGUCGAGGCUGGUAAACCCAAUUUGGUGGACUAUUUUCCCUUUCUUGUGAAAAUUGAUCCACAAGGUAUAAGGCGGCACAUGACCGAUCAUUUUACUAAGGUUCUUGACCUUAUGAGUGGUUUGAUUGAUGAGCGGCUAAAGGAAAGGAAACUGAGAAACCAUGCAAUUGUUGAUGUUUUAGAUGCCCUUCUCAACAUUAGCCCAGAAGAGUUUGACAGGAAUCGAGCAUUUGUGUCUGAUUUGUGUCUGGUUAGUGUGACGGUAAAUAGGGUCGCUUCACUGCCUUCCGAAGACAAUAGUGUUUCGGUUGCCGUCGCUGGAGGUGGUAUCAGUGUUGUGCGUGGUUGGCGAUGA